AAUUGAAUUUUUAUGAAUAAAUUAGGUAAACGUUACACGUUUUUUGUGUUUGGUAGAGUUUUACAUAAACUGAGUUUUCCUUUUUACUGACAAUACUUAUCUGAAGAAGUUCAUAAAGGAGACACUCUCAUAGCUAAUUACAGCAGAACCAGCUUCUCUUUAUAAAUACACACUGUAGGGUAAUUUGUGUUCUAUUUUUUAUCCAUAAUUAGCUUCCUUGAAACCACAGUAAGUCUUGCAUGAUUUGGGUUAUGUAAUUGUUCAUUCCACUAAUUAGCAAUGACAAAGAACAACAGCUAAAUUGUUCACAUCCCAGUUUGCAUUAAUCACAGGCAUACAGUCUGAAGAAUGUAGCAAUAUAGAUUUAGGCAGAUCAUAAUUUUAGAUUUAAAAGUAAAUAUCAGCUCUGAUCAAGACAAAUUAGUGGAAUAAAUAAACGUGCACGUCUGUGAGGUUCGGUGUUUUUUUUUCCUGCUCUGAAGUGAGGGAGAAAUGUGCUUGAAUGCCUCCUUGUGGAGUGACCAUGUCAGCUCUGGAAGAGGUACCGGAGGGGUUGGUUAGAGAGGGCUGUUGGCAAACAGGAAGCAUGAGCGCAAGAGGAGAAUGAACAGAGAAAAGAAUCGAAAAACUCCGAUGGGAGAGGGGGGAGGGGGAGUCAGGCUGUGGAGAUGAAGACUCACUUCUUUUUCCUGCAAGGCGACCACUUCUCCAUCAGAGAACCACCCAGCAGCAGGCAGUGAGCGAGGAAGCUGCGCUCCCGGUGCGCCUCACUGUCCUCCGCGCUCAGAGAUCCUGGAUGAGCGCUUGCUUCAUCAGCACCACAGAGCAGCGGACAGCUCCGCUCUGUCUUCUCCGGACAUCCUGUCCAGAAACUCUGCUUUCCGCUCCAGUCUGACGCUCUGUCACCGCCUGGUUCAAGUCUGGAAGAAGCGCAGAGACCGGGAGACGGAGGGAUCCGUGACUGACUGAGCUCAAUAUGUACCAGGGACAUUUACAGGGGAGAGACUCUAGGGCUGCAGAUAAGACUGUUGCCAUGGUCCUGAAGGAGAUACCAAGUAAGGCGUCAUCAGAAGGGAAGCCCCUCCUCACAGUGACUACCAAGCUGGUGAACGAGCAACAAGAGAGCCGACCGCUGUUGAGCCCUUCCAUCGAUGAUUUCCUCUGUGAGACCAAAUGCGAUGGGAUUUCCCGCCCAGUGACCUCCAACACAGCUGUUCUGUCUUCAACACUGGACCUUCUAGAUCUGAGUGAACCCAGUGAGAGGAGGAACAGCAAAGACAGGAAGAGCAUCCUAUCAUCCCGGAGUGAUGGCCAGCAGAACAACUCAAACAAGAAGAAGACGGAUGAGACAGAGCUGAUCCAGGUGGAAGUGGAGCACACAGGUCCAAACACGAGAAACCCAGACAUGACAUCACUGGACACAGUUACUAUUGGGUCAUUGGAUAAAUGGGAGGAGCUAAAUCCCAUUGCUGAAAGAAAUGGCAACAAAAAAUGGAAGUUGGAAAGACGACGUUCUUCUAAAAAUUCAUCCAAUGAGUUUUUGUGGUCUACAGACUGUAAAACACAAUCAGACACUUCAAAUAAGAACACCUUGGAAUUAAACACCAAAGUUGAAUCAGAAUCUGCUCUCGCAUCACAGCUCAACAAGCAGUAUAUUAGUGGAAGACAUGCUCGGCUAACGAAGGAGCAGCGCUGGGGGAGUGCCCUGCUGUCCAGACAUCAGUCCCUGGAGGAGGAGUUUGAGCGAGCCAAGGCUGCUGUUGAGUCAGACACGGAGUUCUGGGACAAGAUGCAAGCAGAGUGGGAAGAGCUGGCUCGACGAAACUGGCUAACUGAAAACGAGCAGGCACAGAUUCCUUCGUCUGUAUCUCCACAUGAGAAGGGUUACUACUUUCACACAGAUAAUCCGUAUAAGGACCUGCCUAAUGCAUUCGAAGAGGGACUAAAGAAAUCCCGAGAUGGAGACUUGCCAGACGCUGUGCUUUUACUGGAAGCAGCCGUAUUGCAAGACCCUCACGAUUCAGAGGCUUGGCAAGUGUUGGGCACCACACAGGCUGAAAAUGAAAAUGAGCAGGCAGCGAUUGUAUGUCUUCAAAGGUGUUUGGAACUUCACCCAAACAACCUCCCUGCCCUCAUGGCUCUAGCGGUGAGCCUGACCAACACUGGUAUGCGUAACGACGCCUGUGAGGCUCUGCUCUGCUGGAUGAAAUACAACCCCAAGUACAAGAACAUGCUGAAGGGCAAGACCCACCUGAUAGGAUCCCCGAACUCUCAACGCAGGAUGUCUUAUGCUUCAAACAUGACACGAUACGAAAGCUCACUGCUGCCAGAGGUCAAGGAGAUCUUCCUGGAAGCGGUUCAGCACAACUCGGACAGCAUUGACCCGGAUUUGCAGACAGGCCUCGGGGUUCUCUACAACCUCAGCGGGGAGUUCAACAAAGCUGUAGAGGCCUUCAAUACUGCCCUGUCAGUGCGGCCUGAGGACUACUUGUUGUGGAAUCGACUGGGAGCCACGCUGGCUAAUGGGGACCGGAGUGAAGAGGCGGUGGAGGCUUACACGAGGGCCCUGGAGCUGCAUCCAGGGUUUAUCCGGUCGCGCUACAACCUGGGCAUCAGCUGCAUUAACCUGGGGGCACACAGAGAAGCAGCCAGCAACUUUCUGACUGCUUUAAGUCUACAGAGAAAAAGCCGAAGUCGACAGCAGUCUCACGAGGUGAUGUCUGGAAACAUCUGGGCAGCUCUGAGGAUAGCGUUGUCCAUGAUGGACCAGCCUGAACUCUUCCAGGCAGCAAACAUCGGUGACCUGGAUCUCCUCAUGCGGGCUUUUAACUUAGACUUUUGAGGGUAAAAACAAGAAGUGAUGAAUCUCCCUCAUCAUUCCUUCUCUGCUCUCUAACCAGAAGCCAAAAACCCAAAGCGCACAUUUCUGAGUUAGCCUAAGAGGAAGGUGCGUUUAGUUUGCACACUAGAAUGAUGGUCAAACCCCGUGAUUGCUUUUAUUAUUUUUUAUUUUUGUGCCCUGAUUCUUCGGAGAGGUUCUGAGGCUGGUUCUUCCAAAGGGUUUGGACGAACUGCUUUGUGAUGGAAUUUGCGCUGCAAUUUGUGAUUUCCCUAAAGAGCACAAGGACGGGCAAAGAUUGUACGAGCAAUGCCUUAGAGAACGCAUCAAUUAAAAACUGACUCAUCCAGUGGAACUGAGGGGGGCAGGAGUGACAGCCACUUUUAAGACUCCCACAGAGGACCCCCCCACCCCCACCCCCACACCCCACGCCAAGCCAUUUGCAGCUAAAAGACAAGGCUUCGAGAGGAAAACUGUUGACUCAGGAUUGUUCAGAGAGCAAAUGUUACAGGCAGCCUGCCUCACAUAAGCAGGAGCUCCAGACUGUCUUCCUGGCUUCUGCUCUGUCAGUGGAGAGUUAUUUAACUGCAUAAAUAAGCAAUUUCAAAGGUGGAUAUUUGUCUAAAUCCUACACGCUUGUAGAAGAUUCUCCCUUUGCACUUAGCUUCAGUUAAUUUCCUGAGUCCAAGUGGAAUGUGCAACCCUUACCCAAGCCUUACUCAGACGCAUGCAUCCACUUACAUUUAUUUACUAAAAGACAACAACUUUUCGUUUUUUCUUUACUUAUCAGUUUUUGUCUCAGCUCCUGCAGUCUUGUCGUUCCCUUUAAGCUGAUUGGCUGGAGAAAUGCAUCCAAUUCCGAUGAGAUCAAGUGAUCUGUAAUCAUUUUUAAAUUUCUCAUCAGCUUCAGUUAUUGCAUGUUUUCUUCAGAGGCCACAAAAGCUCAUACACACGUCAUAUUCUUAUUUUCAUUUCUGCAGAGGAUAUUUGCUUUAUUACAACUCAUUAUGUCCCAUGGAAAUAUUUGUAUUUUCAAGACUUGAGACUGCAGCUUGAUGAAUUUCCGAAUGCACUCAUCUAUAUCCAAGCUGCAGAAGCUGCAAAACUCAUACUUGUAAUUAAAUCACUCCUUCUUAGCCAUCAUGCAUGAUUUAAAUAUUUACAUACGCUGCUCAGAGUGUUGCACCUUAUUUGUUUUGCUACAUUAAUAUGCAUCCAUUUAAAAAUAACUAAAAUAUAAUAAAAAUCUUCUCAAGAUUAAUUUUCUGCAACUCCUCAGAAGCGUUUUGUACAAACACGCCUUGCAAGUUGCGCUGACAGCUUCCUUUGAGUUCUAGUCUGAAAGUCAUUUUGUAAACUGAACAUUAUGCCACUUGCCACGCAACAGAGUCAAUGAUAGAUUAUCUGCUGUAGCGCUCAGCUCUGCACUCUCUAGUGUUUAUCAAGCGUGUCCACAGUCUGGGUGUGCUGCAGAAAGUGUCUUAUUGUUGUCGGCUCCUAUGCAAAAAGGUCAUCUUUCAUGUUGCUGCUCUGAAUUGUCGGUUGGUCCCCGUCUGCCUCGGCAGACCAAAGGGAAGUGUUGAUUCUGUGUUUUAAAAGAAUACUAUCGGGGACGACCAGAGACCAGCACCAGAACCAUUCAUCUUCCAAGCAGCACAGCUGGGAUGUCACACUCUGUCAGAAGGAAGGUUUUAUCAAGGGACUGGUGGGGGAAACGAACGCCAUCCAGCUUUUGAAUUUUUGUAAUUCUCGGCCAUAGAAAUGUCUUUGGCUGUAGGUGGAGACUUAAAAGUCACAGCUGUACACCUUUGCUCGCGCUGGAAACGUUCUCAUGGAUGCUAACUCUGCCCCUGGAGAAGAAGGAAACUCCACCACUGUAGCUAUUGUCCCAAAAAUCUAAACAACACUAAAAGUAAGAUUAUGCUGCGAGCUGAGAGUGAUGUGCAUUUACUGGAGCAUGGGAUUGGAACAGAAUAGCAUUUAAACAUUUUCCAAAUUUGUAAAUAAUUUUCAGUCACGCUGAUGGAAUGGCCUUAGUUUGGGAGUUUCCAGGUUCCACGUAGAUCAACGCCCCUUUAAAGUGUAGGUUGUUGGGUCUUCUUUGUCUGAAAUGACUUGUUUUGAAUUGAAACUGCAGUUUUUAUAGUGAAUAUGGAGACAAGUCACUUCUGGUGCAAGAACAAUGUCAUAUAGAGUUACAACCUGUUUUUUACUCCUUCAGCUGAAGACGUUCCUAUGAAUAAGAAGCUUUGGCCAUGUGGAAUGUUAGGGUUCAUUUAGAUUUGCUCUUACUAGGGAGGACUUAAAGAGGCAGGAGCAGAAAUAAAGCGCAUGUGCAGUAAAUGGUGAACAGGUAGUGUUUUACCUGCAGAAGGCAGCAAUCAGAGAUUUUAAUUCAGUGUUUGAGUGGGGUUGCAUGGUGUUCAUGACAUAUUACCACACUGAUGAACUGAAUAGAUGGUAAACUAGUUCACACCUUGAUGAUUUUGCACAAGACAGUUCUUUAAUGUAACUAUUUUUUAAACCAAACAUUUUUUUUAUUUCAUCCCAAAAUAACAACUACAUACUACUUAUUUGAGCAAAUUAAUUGCACAAGUGGAAACAUGAACAAAGUGCCUUUUUCUGCAGAAAUCAGAGGAUAUUUGCAUGAGUCGUAUGUUAUAAAAUGUAAAUGGCUGGAAAUUAAACAAACUUGAUGGGCUAAAUUAAUUACUCUGUAAAUUGUCUUCAUGCAAUUAGUAGAACAACACAAAUGAACAGAUGCAAAAAAUAGUGACGAUUGAAACUGUCUCGUGCAAAAGAGAAGUGCAAAAAUCUGAACAUUUGGUAAAACUGCUGAGAAGGUUUGAAGUUGGUUUAAAAGGAUGAUUCUGAUUUCUGAUAGUGCAAACUUCUGCCUGAUUCUCCAAAGUGAUAUUUCUCUGAUCGCAUUCUACUGCAGAUUUAAUGCUGACUAUGUACUCCAAACUACCUUUCAUCCAUCCAUCCAUCCAUCCAUCCAUUUUCAUGUGGUUAUCCGGGGUCGGGUUGCAAGGACAGCAACUUAAGCAGAGAAGCCCAUGGCUUCCCUCUCCCCAGCCACUUGGGCCAGCUCCUCCGGGGGAAUCCUAAGGUGUUCCCUGGCCAGGUGAGACAUAGUCCCUCCAUCGACUGGUAAUACGAGAGCUCCAGACGAGUACAACGCCCGCAUCACUGCAGAUGCAGCACCAAUCCGCCUCUGAAUCUCACUCUCCAGCUUUCCCUCACUCGUGAGCAAGACCCCAAUACUUAAAACUCCUCCACUUAAGACAGGACCUCAUCCCUGAAGGCAUUCUACCCUUUUUCGACUCAAGACCAUGGUCUUGGAUAUAGAGGAGCUGAUUCUCAUCCCAGCUGCUUCACACUCGGCUGUGAACCGCUCCAGAGAAAGCUGGAGAUCACGUUCUGAUGAAGCCAGCAGGACCAUAUCAUCUGCAAAAAGCAGAGACCUGAUCCUCAGGCCACCAAAUCAGAUCCCUUCAACACCUUGGCUGCACCUAGAAAUUCUGUCGGUAAAAGUUAUGAACAGAAUCUGUCACCAAGGGCAGCCAUCUCUCACCAGAAACGAGCCCGACUUACUGCUGUUAAUGUGUACCAAGCUCUGACACCGGUCAUACAGGGACCUAAAAGCCCGUAUCAGAGGGCCUGGUCCCACAUAUGCCCGAAGUACCCCCACAGGCCCCCCCAGAGGGACCCGGUCCAACACGUUCUCCAGAUCCACAAAAUACAAAACACUCCCAUGCACCCUCCAGGAUCCCCUUAAGGGUAUAGAGCUGGUCCAGUGUUUCACACUGCCUGAUCCUUCAAAUUCCAACCCCCAAAAAUAAUCUGUGUCCAGGUUUUCUCGAACUCCUCAUCUCAUGAACAUGUAAAGUGGGGUGAAUUUUACUGUUUGUUACUAGAACAUCAUUAGCUCCUUUAGAUUCUUUUGGGUCAACAAUUAUCCUUCUAAAACAAUAUUUACAACAAUGAACUUGAAUCAGUCAAAAAUAUGUUAUUGAGCCUGGUGUCCACCAUUAACGUGCUCGUUCUCCAAAUAUUAGGAAAGUUGAGCUAACUCAAGUAUUUUUAUGUUUUGCACUGAAAGUGUCAACAGAACUGUAGGAAACAUGAUGUCUGGGGAUUUUCUGAUUUCCUAUCAGCUCUAGAUUUUGUAUCUGCCUGUAGGCCUUUGCCUUUUUUGCACCUCGUCACUCUGUAUAAAAGAAAACAAAAGAAAAUAUCAAACCUGAACUAAAUCUCAACUUUGGAUCAUUAUAAAUGAUGCAGGGAAAUGACUAUAUUACUUAUUUAGAUCUAACAACCUUCUCAGGUGAAAUGACGUAGCUUGUAACGCAUGCUCCUGAGGAAGUGAGGCUGACAGCAUGUUAGUCAUUUUGUCCUUUUGAGUCUUUAUUUGUAUGCAUGUAAGUGCUUUCUUUUGCUAUCGCUAACAUAAAAUUAAGUAUAAGAUGAGGUUUCCUUGCACUAUUUCUACAACAUACCUGCAGCCGUGGUGUUAUUUAUUCAGUACGUAUUGAACACAUAUCGUAGUUUCUUGCAUAGAUGAGAUCAGGUGAGGCAGGAUGUUAGAGCUGACCUGCUACAACUGACUCGUUGUGAUUAGUCUGUAGAAAUUUUGGAAUUGCACUUUGUAUAAACACAGAUAAAUGCUGCUGUGACCCCUACCUUUCCAGAUACCCUUAAGUGUGCAUAAUCAAUUUUAUUUUUUUAAUAAUAUUUGGAAACAUUGUGACUGUUUUACUUAUAGGCGAAACGUUUAUUUUUUGUUUAUCGUUUCUAUAAUUAUAAAAUAUUAAAAAUGUUUAUACAGAACAAAUUAUUAACAACACACUUUAAAAACUCAAAAUUCUACAUGGAUUCAGGAUAAUGAAAAAUAGAGAAUGUAAUAAAUGUGGUAAAAUUGUUUCAUAGAUAUCAGAACUAUUUUGUAGCUCAGCUCAUAAUUUUUUCCCGUUAUAUUUAUUCAAAUCGAACAAUUAUUAAAAAAUACAGUAAGAACUCUAUAUAAUUAAAGUCUUAUGAGAUAUUAAGAGUUUCAACUGAAAAGCAGGAAUUAAAUAAGAAACUUGCAAUGGAGCAAAAAUCUGAUUUUUGACUUUUGCUGAAGUUGAAUUUAUUUUGUUAAUUUUUAUGACUUUGUUUCCUAACCUCUCACUUGAUUUUGUGCACUUUCAGGUGCUCAUACAUCUAAAGCCUUUGUGCUUUACGGAGCAACUUAAUGCUGGUUUCUUCGUUGUAAAAUAAAUAAUUUAACGGUUUAAAGCUCCUUCAAAGGUCGGGGAUCAUGACGGUUAUUAAUCUGUGUGUAUUUUAUUCCGACUCCUUAAAUUGUAUAAAAGAAAUUUGUUCCUAGUUUAUCAACGCAUCCCACAGGUAUAAAUAAAAUUAUAUUUUGAUGAAUGAAAGUAGAACCUAUAUACUUUAUAGACAUUUAUCGAACCACCUGCUUAUUAAUCUACCUGUAUAAUCACAAGGAAAGCAUUAGCACCUUUGAAACGUACAUGACAGAAGCAAACCUUUAAAAUAAACUGUU